CGGCUUGCUACACCACGCCACUUUCUCCGCCACCAUCUCAACGAGACAGAACUGGGCAGUAGCCAGGGAUUCUUACCUCGCUUUUCGCUCGUUGCUUGUCGCUAAGUCUGAACGAAUUACACAGGAAUGAGCUGUCUGAGAAGGAAGUGACGUGUCAUGGAGAGCACAGGACGGGAACAGUUGGACUUAGAGACAGACACACCUCCCCCGCACAACAUCAUAUUCAGGAAGUACCGGGGAUGUUACGUGAGUCGCGGCAUCGGGCUCCUGCUGGGGGUGUUCUUUGUCAGUGCAUUGUUGGUGACGGGGCUCCUUGUUUACUACGUGGCGCCCCACCCUCCUCCUGCUCCUCCUCCUGCCUCCAAGCCGCCACUCCUGUCUUACCAGCCUCUCAUUACUACAUCCCCCACCUCCCCCAUCUCUGCCUCCACCACCUCCACCAGCACCACUACCACUCCUGCUUCGGUGGAGCAGGAUGCGGUGACAAUUACGAAAGGCGGUAUGACGUCGCAGCCCCUUGGUGCCGAACCUGAGGGAAUCACAGAUGAACGUGAAUCGGAGACCAAAAAGGGAAGUCCUCGUCUCCCUCGAGCCCUGAGGCCACUCCACUACCUGGUGAGGCUACAGCCGCUUAUCAAUGGCAACUUCACCAUCCUGGGCUACGUGGAGGUGGAGAUGGAGGUGCUGGAGGCCACCUCUAACAUCACGCUGCACAUCGCCGACAUCAUCACUCACAAUGACACAGUAAAGCUGAGAGCGGCCCAGGACCCGACAGGGCCGGGCCUGGCCAUUGCCGCUCACCAGUUUGACAGCGAGCGGGAGUUUUACGUGGCGCACUUGAACGAGACACUGCAGCCAGGCGACAAGUACGUCCUGUCCAUGCACUUCAUCGGUCUGCUCAACGACAUGAUGAAAGGGUUCUACAGAUCCUCCUACAGACACGCAGACGGCACCGUGACGUGGCUGGCGGCGACACAGUUCCAGGCGACGGACGCGCGGCGAGCCUUCCCUUGCUUUGACGAGCCUGGGCUGAAGGCCACCUUCGAGGUGCACCUCGCCCGCCAGAGCAACAUGACCUCACUCUCCAACAUGCCCGUCAAGGAAACCAUUCCCAUGGAGGACCAGGAGGGCUGGUUAUGGGACCAGUACCACACCACCGUCCCGAUGUCCACCUACCUCCUCGCCUUCGUCGUUUCUGAUUUCGUCAAUUUGAAUACUGUCAUUAACGAUAAAAUCCUCUUCAGAGUGUGGGCGCGGUCCUCUGCCAUACGCCAAGCUUACUAUGCUCUUGACGUGGGCCCGCGCAUGCUCACUCAUUUCGUCAAUUUCUUCAGCCAGCCCUACCCGUUGCCCAAGCUGGACAUGAUCGCCAUUCCGGACUUCGCCGCGGGUGCCAUGGAGAACUGGGGUCUGGCCAUGUACAGAGAGAUACUGAUGCUCUAUGAUCCUCGCGUGUCCUCCGCCUACAACAAGCAGCUCGUGGCCUCCGUGGUGGGACACGAGCUAGCGCAUCAAUGGUUCGGUAACCUUGUGACGCCUCGCUGGUGGACAGACAUUUGGCUCAACGAGGGAUUUGCUUCUUACCUCGAGUACACAGGUGUCGAUCAUGUGGAGCCGUCCUGGAAGAUCAUGGAGCAAUUCGUACUCAACAGGAUCCAGGGAAUGUUUACAGCCGACAGUUUAGCCUCCUCUCACCCCAUCCGGCACAACGCGGAGCAUGCUGACAAGAUAGCUUAUGACAAAGGAUCGUCCAUCAUCCGCAUGAUGAGUCACUUCCUAGGCGAGGCGGCCUUCAGGCGUGGCCUCACUGAAUACCUCCAUCGCUUUGAGUACGACAACGCAGAGCAGGACGACUUGUGGCGGCACCUGACGAAGGCGGCGCACGAGGCCGGCACGCUGCCCCUCAACCUCACCGUCAAGACCAUCAUGGACACGUGGACGCUGCAGAUGGGCUACCCCGUCAUCAAGGUGGAGCGGAGCGCCGACGGCACCUCGGCCACUGUCUCGCAGGAGCGGUUCCUGCUGGUCAAGGACGACAACGCCGACGACACGCACGACUACAAGUGGUGGGUGCCGCUGACGUACACGGGCCAAGACCAGCCUGACUUCAGCCAGACGCAGGCCAAGGUGUGGAUGAAGGACUCGGAGGCCCAGGUCACCGUCACCUCUCUGCCGCCCAAGGACCACUGGGUCAUCUUCAACCUGCAGCAGACCGGCUACUACAGGGUCAACUACGACGACCACAACUGGAACCUGCUGAUCCAGCAGCUGCUCACCGACCACCGCGCCAUCGCCACCGUCAACAGGGCGCAGAUCAUCGACGACGCCCUCGACUUGGCUAGGGCAGGCCGCCUGCCUUAUAGCACUGCCCUGGAAGUCACCACCUACCUGCCAGUGGAAAAAGAUUUCGUGCCAUGGGCUGCUGCGUUUGAGAAUAUUGCGUUCCUGACAGACAUGCUCAAAGACACAGCGGCAUACGGCGCGUUCAGGAACUACCUGUUGGACAUUUUAGUUCCGCUGUACGACUCAGUAGAGUUCCAGGACCGCGAGACAGACCUGCUCCUGGACAAGUACAAGAGGCAGAAGGCGCUGUCGUGGGCCUGUCGCCUGGAACAUCCAGACUGUCUCCACAACGCCACCACCAGCUACGCCUCAUGGAUGGCCAACCCAGACAUUAACAGCAUCUCCCCGAACCUGAAGUCAACAGUGUACUGCCACGCCAUAGCGGAGGGAGGCGAGCACGAGUGGACCUUCGCCUGGCAGCAGUACGUGGCCGCCAACGUGGGCUCGGAGAAGGUGACGUUGCUGAGGGCAAUGGGUUGCACCAGGCGACCGUGGCUCCUGUCUAAGUAUUUAGAAAUGGCGUUCACCCCAGACAGCGGCAUCAGGAAGCAGGACGCCCUCACGGUGUUCAAUGCCAUAGCCAACAACGAUGUGGGCAGGCAGCUGGCGUGGGUUUUCCUGCAGGACCACUGGGACGACAUUUAUGAUUUCGUUGAGCGAGUCCCAAUGCGCAUGAUCCGGAGUGCGUGUCGGAAGUUCAAGACAGAACAUCACCUGAAGGAGCACUCCCUUCUCGUCUCUCCCAGCUGGUUGAGUUCUACGAGGCGCACAGCCACCAGCUGCCGCACAACGCCCUCGACAUGGCUCAGCUGCUGGAGGAAGUGACCGGCAACGUGGCUUGGCUGAAGAAUCACUACGAUGAGGUGCUGGCGUGGCUGGAGUCUCAAGGGCACGCUUACAUGCUCCCUUCACACUAAGGAAGGACCGUAUUCUGAAACCUUUCUUCCCGCACUGUGAUUACUUUUAAUAGGCUUUAGUUGAAGUGAUAAAGGUUCUUAAAGUUGUUUUUUUUACGGUUCUAAUGACAAGUUUUCUACAUUGUUAACAGGAGAAACAGUCUUGAUAACUUAGCUAAUCAUCUCUGUGGCCUUUGAAAGUAGUCGUGGUGAAAAAAACAAAACGUUUCUGAGUAUGGGCUUUAAGAUAGGAAGGGGAAGCCUGCGAGAGGAAUCAUGCGUGACAAAGGAACACUAGAGAGGGAAAGUAUUUAUGCACAUUUGAAUUUUUUAUUUAUCAUCAUUGUAAUUGUUAUUAUCAUUGUUUUAUUUUGAUGUUCGAAAAAGUCUCACCAAGCACUCAAAUUUAAGGGGAAAGUUGCGGUCGUAAUGCCGUUUCCAGGAAAGUAAAACACAAAAGAGUUCCUAAUGGGUGGGUCAGUUUAGUCUCAGGAAGUAAGUAAAUUGGAAACAGGGAUAGAUAAAUAAACAUACGUUUGGAUAUUUUUGUCAUUCCAUUGAUAAACUUCAUGUAAAUUUUGCGUAUGGGAUAUCGUAAUGUGCAUAUUUGAUCGUGUUUGUUUCCAUUUUUAUUAUUUUGCUGUCAAACUGUAUUUUUCUCCCCACUCUUUAUCGUAAUAUAUCCACGUGGUGUGAUGUCCUUUGAUCUUGUCCUACGUCACAAUAAAACUUCACCUUAG